AUAGAGACUAGAGCUCCAUCUGUCGCUAAUUUGUUCAAUCAUUCCGAGCAUUUCCGAACAUACCCGAGUAGUUUACGUCAUCCCGAAGUGUACUCUAUUCGGAAUAUACCACGAUAUCUGAAUAUCUGAACGGAAGACAGUCUACGAUAUGUCUUCUCUGCAUAAACAAAUUACUAGAGGACGAUUACCACCAAUACCUCCAAUUUCGUUAAACGGAAAUCCCAGAGCAGGAAGAAGAGGUAUGAAGAGAGAUUAUUCUCCUCUUUCAUGGAAAAAAUAUUUCACUUCUAUGAAAGAAGUUAAAGUUACUGAAAGUAAUAUUUUCAGGGUAUAUUGUAAUGGAGAAUCUGGUCCACUUUUAUUACUGUUGCAUGGAGGUGGUUAUAGUGGAUUAACUUGGUCAUUGUUUACUUCAAACAUUUCUCAUCUGGUGGAAUGUCAAAUUGCAGCUAUUGAUCUACGAGGACAUGGUGAAACAAAAACAACAAAUGAUAGUGAUCUUUCUGCUGAAACAUUAUCACGUGAUGUUGGAAAUGUCAUUCAAAAUAUGUAUGGAUCUGAAAACCUUCCACCGGUAAUUUUAAUUGGACACAGUAUGGGAGGUGCAGUUGCUGUUCAUGUUGUUCACCAAGACUUAAUACCUACUUGCAUUGGUUUAGUUGUGAUUGAUGUUGUAGAAGGUACUGCAAUGGAAGCACUUCAGAGUAUGCAAAGUUUUCUCAGAAGCAGACCGUCUAGUUUUCCAACCAUGGAAAAUGCUGUAGAAUGGUGUGUCAGAAGUGGGCAAGUAAGAAAUAUAGAAUCAGCAAGAGUUUCAAUGCCAGGACAGUUAAAAUGUUGUGAUUCUAAUUUACCUGCAACAGCCCAAGUGAAUAAAGAUUCUGAAUUAGAAAAUGCUACUAAUUCAAAUCAGAGUAAUGUUACUGAAUCUUCUAUUUUAAUGUCAAAUGCAAUUCUUGAAGAAGAUGAAGAAUUAACUGAAAAUAAAACAAAUAAUGAUAAAAUAGCCACUCCUCCUGACUUUAAAAUUCCAAAAUCUCCUGUCAGAAAUAAUCAAUUUACUUGGAGAAUAGAUUUGUCUAAAACAGAGAAAUAUUGGGGAGGUUGGUUUGAAGGUUUAUCACAAAUGUUUUUAUCAAGUUCUGUUCCUAAGCUGCUAUUGCUUGCAGGUGUGGAUAGGUUAGACAAAGUCCUAACAAUUGGACAAAUGCAAGGAAAAUUCCAAAUGCAAGUAUUGUCUCAAUGUGGUCAUGCUAUUCAUGAAGAUGAGCCUGACAAAGUUGCGGAAGCCAUAGCGACUUUUGUGGUACGUCAUAAAUUUGCUACCCCCACUUCAAAUUUCCAGAGAACUUUUCCUGCUUGUUAAUAUUUAUAUGGAGAAACAGUUUAUAAUUUCCAUAUCAAAAAAAAAAUAAAAAAUAUUAUUUAAAUAUAUUUACAAAUGUAAUAUAAAAAUAACAAAUUGAUUGUGAUAAUUAUUAUGUGAGGAGUAUAUAAUUUGAGAAUUGUAUACAAAAACAUGUGUUUAGAAAUUGUUUAAAUGUUUUAAUGAAACACUUAUAUAAAUCACGUAUAUUAUUAUUAUCAUUAAUGUAUUGUCUAAUAUUUGUUUGCUUAUUAAUAAUUUUCUUCAUUAACAUUACUUAAACUAACUGAUAUACUUAAGAAGGAAUUUGUUUUUGUCAUAAAAUGACUGACACUGCCAAAACUAGUAACAAAAACAAAUGUUUUCAAACCUGUUUUUAUUCGUGUAUAGUAUAUGAAAGAAGGAAAAAGUUAAGUUGUAAAUCUCCAAUUUCUUAAUCUGUAAAAAUUUUAUGACUCAUUUCUCCAAAAUAUUGUAUCGAGAAAUAUGACUCGGAAUCCAGGAAAUGUAUAUAAAAAUAAAACAUAACUUUGAUUCUAAAUAUUAAUAAAUAUCUAGAUUAUGAGAAAAAUUUAAAUUUUU